AGUGGGACACUUGUUAAUCGUUACACUAACAUUUUAUUUUUCUUAACACCGGCCCUAUGGAUUGCGUCGCAAAGAACUUCAACUGACUGGGCGGGCAAAUCCUGGGCGCGUCCCAAUCGCGUCCCUGGCUACCACCGGUACAAUUGCGCAUGCUCAAGCUUAGUAUUCGUAAAGUACAGAGUGGGUGCUGGUGCGGACGGUGUUGGUGAGAAAGAUGGAUGAAUUUCAAACGGCAGAGGAGUCUUCAUUUGUUGUGGAUGAAAUAAGCAACAUCAUUAAAGAGUCAAUCGAAAGUGCCAUUGGUGGUAAUGCCUACCAGCACAACAAAGUGAACCAGUGGACUACUAAUGUGGUAGAACAGACGCUCAGUCAACUUACAAAGUUGGGCAAACCGUUCAAAUACAUAGUGACCUGUGUAAUUAUGCAAAAGAAUGGUGCAGGACUUCACACAGCAAGCUCUUGCUUCUGGGAUAAUGCAACUGAUGGAAGCUGUACCGUGAGAUGGGAAAACAAGACUAUGUACUGUAUUGUCAGUGCCUUUGGACUUGCAAUAUGAUUUUUCAUAUCCUGACUGGUUUUUAAUAUUCUUUUGUUAUACAUUUAUUUACACUCUAACAACACCUUUUUGAGUUAAGAGAGUGUUUUUUUUGUUUUCAUCUGAAAAAAAUUUGUUGGCUUUUGGCUAUUCAGCAUUGUAACCAUUGAUACUAAACCAAAUCUUCUACAUAAGUUUUCUGCAUAAUCUUAUUUAAGGUGCUACAAGCUUCUUUCAAGUGCCACAAAAUAAAUUAGCCUGAUCUUGUUAAUUAAAUACACUAAUUAUCACAUUUGUUAUCUUAGCUAGUACUAAAUAAAUGAUUGAAAACAUGGUUUCUAUUAUUUGUAAUGUAAUUAUUUUUCACUGUCUUUGGUUUAUUGAUUGUACCUGGCACCAUUUUUUAUCUUGCUUUUUGCCACUGUGUGCAAACAAACCAAAAAAAAUAAUAUGGCAGAUAUAUUUUUGAGGAGUAAACUCCAUAGAUGAUGGCUAGUGAUAAGCGAAAGGGUCAGAUUCGCCCAUCACUAUUGGUGACUCAACUUGUGUUUUAGGAAAAUUUGAGUAAAUCUUUUUCCACAU